AUGCCACGUCCCAAACGCACACGUCAGGCCGCCGCGAAGUCUGCUGCUGCUGCUGCUGCUGCACCGGCAGCCAACAACGUUGAGGAACCCGAGACUUCUCGAGGACGGACACGCACAUCGACUCGAUCCAUGAGGACACGCAGGAGCAGUGGCGCCGCAGAGGGGCAGGCCGACAACAACAUUGAGAACGAUGCAUCCGAAGCCGCACCUACUCCCGCAGUCGCACCCGACAACAUCAACAACAACAACAGCAGCAGCAGCAGCAGCAGCAGCGAUGCCGUCGAGACAGGCCGUCGGGUCACUACCCCACAGCGGCGCGACACUUCAGGCCUCGACCUAGGCGACGACGACAUGUUUGGUGACCUAGACGAGAGCUUCGACAAGGAGGCGGGCGGUAUCGGCAACCUGAUCCCCUCCUCGGGGGGCAGCAGGCGGUUCGGCGACAACUCGUCCGUGUUCGGGGGCGGCAGCAGCCACACAAAGCCGCGCUCGCGGUCCCGCCAAUCGAGCAUUAUCCGCCCCACGAGCAGGGGGGGCAACACGCCCCUCAUGAGCUCGUCCCUCAACCUCGGCGCCUUCAGACGCCGGGCUCGCGAGCCGAGUAUCCUGGGUACCGCGCGCAAGGCGUUCCCCGACAUCAGCCACGUCACCCACAACACCACAAGUGCUGACCAGGAGCCCCACGAGGCGGAGAGUGACGACGACGACGACGAGUCCGUGCCGGAAGCUGAGUCUACGCCCAUCAAUAACCGACGAGCUACGCGUUCGUCACUUCGCCAGCAGGAGCAGGAGCAGGAGCAGGAGCAGGAGCUGAGUGGUUCGCGUAAGCGCAAGAGUGACGGGAAUGAUGGCGGUAGUAGCCGACCCGACAAGGUGACACGGACAAUACUAGGGGGGCAAGACGAGAAUGCGGACGCGAGCGCGGAUGCGGCGGACAACGGUGAUAGCGAUUCCGAGCUGUCGUCCCUCCCCUCGUCACCGUCAUCCCUCCCCCGCUUCACCAUGGCCGAGAGGCCCGUCACGCCUAGCAAUGACAGCCAUCAGGACUUCGCCGCUCCCCCCGCUAGCAGCGACGUCGACGGCGACGACAUGGACUGGUGGCCCGACAUCCACGGGCUAGCCAGGAAGCGCCGACGCCCGUCCGUCGCGGAGCCCCUCGCCGGCCCCUCGGGCAAUGCUGCCGACGACGACGGUGGCGACGUGGCCUCGAACGUGUCGUCACCUCCGUCCCUGACGCACUCGCCUAACCUGCACGCCAGAGGGGGCGGCCGCAUCGGUGGCGCCUCAAAAUCGCACGCGCGCGCCCGUCGUGUCCCGUCGCCUCCGCCCCUGACGACAGCCGAUCUGGCCAACUUGCUGCCUAAGCGUCGACACAUCAGGGAGCGCCACCACCACGCCCAGGAUGAUCAAGCAGAGUACGACACUGCAGGUAUAGCCCACGACCAGGACGAAUUGUCGUUUGUCGGUGCCGAUACGCGCCGUCGUGCAACCACCAGGCAUAAUACUGCUGCUGCUACCGCCGCUGCCGCUGCCGCUGCCGGCAAGAAGAAAGAGAAGCAGGCUGGGGGUCGCCCCGGAACACGCAGCUCCUCGCGUCACACACAAACGUACUCGCGUCGGUCGUCUGACAAGGAAAACGAUGAUGACGAUGACGACCAAGAGGGUGAGGAGAGCAUGUUCCAGCCGCUUGCUGAUGAGACAUUUGACGGCGACACGGCCAGCGACGAGGCGAGGAGGAAUGCCCUCUUGUCGGAUGAGGAGCUGAAGACUGCAGCUAUCAAGUUCAAAGAAGUAGAUCGGUGGGAGCUGUCGUUUGAAGAGGCGUCUGAGGCGGAGGAGGUACUUGGUGCUGAGGCUCGAUAG